AUGCGUUUGGGCGCGGCUGCGACCGUUGCAGCCUUUUCGGGCUGGCUAGGGGUUGGCCUGGCCCAUAAUAUUCAACUGAAGGCACAUACAAGAGAAUGUUUCCAUGAAGAGUUGCACAAGGAUGAUAAGAUGACUGUCACUUUCCAAGUUGGUGACCGUGAGUUUGGUGGUGCUGCCAAUCUGGACAUCGACUUCUACAUUACCGAUCCUUCCGGUUCAUAUGAGACACAAAUCAACUCGGUAUCCUCCGGCGAUUACUCCUUUGAGGCUCGACAGGAUGGACGAUAUAUUUACUGCUUCAGCAAUGAACACUGGUCUGCGAACAGCAAGGAAGUUUCAUUCAAUGUCCAUGGUGUUGUCUAUGUACCCGAAUCCGAGGCCCCACAGGAUCCUCUGGAGACAGAAAUCCGCCAACUUUCCGAACUCCUAGCACAGGUCAAGGACGAACAAGCGUACAUUGUCGUCCGGGAACGGACACACAGAAAUACAGCAGAGAGCACAAACGCAAGAGUCAAGUGGUGGUCGAUAUUCCAGCUUGGAGUCUUGAUCGGAGAAGGCGUGUUCCAAGUCUGGUGGCUUAAGCGAUUCUUCGAGGUGAAUAGUCGCCCCCUUCCUUGA